AUGUUCUCCACCUUCUCCGCCAAUCCCAACUCCACCGAAUCUCCCACCAAAACUUCUACCGCGGCUCGACCCAAGCGUAACCAGGUUGCUCGGGCCUGCGACUCGUGUCGCCUGAAUCGCAUAAAAUGCGACGACCGGCAACCCUGCGACAAUUGUCGCCAGCGAGGUAGUCAGUGCAGCAAUAGCAAUCCGUCCGAGGCCUAUCCCGCGCAGACCGCUAGUAGGGAAAUCCAGCGACUGCGCAAUCGCGUCAGAGAUCUGCAAGCUCAGCUCAAGAAGGCAAACGAACAUGCCAGCUCGACCGCGCCUGAGGAACUCGCCUCUUCGUCUGCUUCUACGGCCUCGGGGCCAAUCGAUUUUGCGAACACUGGGAAGAACCUAUACAACGCGUGGGAAGGCGUGGCGGCUGCGGAUGAGCGUACCGGGCGGGCCAUAUACUACGGUCCACUUUCGUCGUCGUAUCUGGUCACUCGAAUGACGCGCUAUCUCUGCAAGGCGCUGAACCGAACCACCCUGGACUUUCCAUUCCCGGCGCUCAUCUCGCAGGUCGACGAUGCCAGGCCGGUCGCGGGGCAGCAGUCACUCUGGGAUUCAGAGGUCGCUGAUCUGUCGCGGGCUCAGGAGGAACAUUUUCUGGUGUUGCUCUGGCAAUCCUUUCAUUGUAUUUGUCCGGUCUUAUCAGAAGGGGACUUCGGUGCAUACUACGAGUCAUUAUGGUCGGACACAAUCCCUGGACUGGACGACCGCCGGAAGCCAUCCGCCUUGGUCGAUAGUUUGCUGGCGGUUUGCAUGCAAUAUGGCAGCACGUUCCUGGUGACAGACGAUGAGAGCAUAGACAGUGAGCAGGCCACCCACACAUCCUCAAUGGCUUACGGCUUCUACCAGCGAAGCCAACGACUACUGAUGAACGAGCUGGAGGCUCCGUCAAUUGCCUCGUUGCAAAGUCACAUCUACAGCGUCAUCUACCUGUCCAAUGCAUCACUUUUGAAUUCUGCCCACGCCACUUUAGGAGUGGCCAUUCGGACGGCUCAGGCGCUGCGCCUGCACUUGCGCCCGCUAGACGGCACGCCGCCCGAGGAAAGGGAACUGCAUCUACGCAUAUGGUGGUCGCUGUACCAGUUAGACACCUCUCUCUCCAUGGCCCUGGACCGUCCGCCGCUCCUGGACUGGGACGACGUCGCCUGCCCUCUUCCAAGCGAUCACGAAGGGGCUGCGGAAGCCGGGUCGCUCUCGGGGACAGCGCUGCCCUCGUCCGCGCACCAACCCAUCAGUUGGCUUAGCUUCCACGUGCAACAAGUCAAGCUCACCGUCGUGGCGCGACGCGUGCAGGCCGCCUUCAAGGCCGAAUGCGCCCGACUUCUGAGUCCGACCGUGCAAAACAUCUACGGCGAGCCAGCCAUCAUCGAGUCUCUGGCGGGCUUUGUAGGGCGGGAAAUGCGCACUAUCUAUCACUGGCUGCAGGGCGUUCCCCAACCCCUCAAAACCGAGCGCAAGGAUGGCCGCGAGCCUUUUUCCACCGAUAGAACACCCCUCAGCCUGGAUCCCACAGCCCCCCUCUGGCUGCAGCGUCAGCGACUACUGUUAGAGAUUAAUUACCAUCAUUUCCAGAUCGCUACGCUCCGUUCGUUCGUGCGCUUCCCGCCAAGGGCGUCGCUUCCGACGCCGCUCUGCGAUAGCCACAACAUCAGCUGCCUCAACCACGCCAUGAUGCUGACCAAUCUGCUACACCAGGUGCUGUCCGAGACGGACCUUCUUCGCGGCUGGCGCCCCGUGGUGCAGUAUCAGUGGGAUGCGAUGGUGUGUAUUCUAGCCUUCGUGCUUGCCAACCCCGUCUGUCCACCCACCCCAGCAGGGCGCCGGUGCCUGCAGACGGCCAUCCAUACCUUGGAUCUAAUGGGCCAACAAUACGCCGUUGCCCGGAACGCCGCCGAGAUUGGUCGGGAGAUCGCGCGCCGCGUCGAGUGGCUCGUUGAACAAUUCCGCAGCAGUCUAGUCCCCGGUCGUCGGCUGCAGCCUACUCCGCCGUCUCAGUCCCCGGCGGACUUGGGCUCGAUGGCGCCGCCUUGGUCGACACCUUCGGCCACCCCGGGGUUGACGGAGUCGGUGCUGACCGAAGAGCACUGGCAGGCCUUGAUGACCAACCUUCCUGUAGAUAUUCCUCUGUCAUUUGACCUAGACAAUGGGCUGCCAGGUCAAAGCAUCAUCACGCCGCCCCACGACGUGAUCUCCCCUACUGCGUCUCUAUCAGAUGACGUUCUAUUAGGGCAGUGGCCCGAUUUUAUGAGCGGUUUCGUGUCGGAUUCCGCCGCGGCCAACAAGACGUCUUAG